GCGAGUGAGGAGCUCGUCGCCGCUGCUGCUGCCUUUGUCACCGGCUGCCGGGCCGGCUUGCUGCGUUUGCACUUUGGCUUGGCAGCCGGCUAUAAAGGCCUUCCUCCGCUGCCGCACUCUUCUUCCUCUCACCAUCCGCUACACCCGCCUUACCUCGUGCAUCGUCUACGGCAUACCUUCAGCAGCGUCAGCUAACAUCUUCUUGCUUGCAACAGUUUCUCAUACAUUCACAGCAAGUACAUCCUACUUCACUGCCAACAUCACGGCCAACAUGCACGCUAUCAAGAUCGCCGCCAUUCUGGCCGCUGGCCUCGCUGGCCUCGUCGCUGCAGGUGUCAAGAACGAACCCCGCUGGGCUUCCGAGUGCGCAACAUCGACUGUCACGGUCACGGUCACUGUCGCUCCCACCUGGUGCUCUGCCGCCAGCAUUCCGAUUCCAGUUCUCCCCUCAGUCGUCGUUCCACCGGUCGGAGUCCCCUCGAGCAGCUCUCCCCCGCCGUCGGCCUCAGUCGUCGUUCCACCGGUCGUUCCGAUUACCGUUUCAGGCUCUGCCAGCAUUCCUGCCGGCGAGACUCCGCAAUCCUCGGUCACGGUCUCUGAACCAGCUCCUACUCCGCCAGCUCCGGCUAUAUCGACAUCGGUCGCUUCUGGCACCACUCCAUUGUCGAUCUCGGCCACUACCCCAUCGCACACUACCGCAACCCACAGCACAACUUCGACAGCGAGCGUUCAAGUGCCCGGCACUUCAACCCAGCCUGACGUGCCGACCGUGUCCUCAAGUGGCGCUGCCGUCCCGACAAUGACGUCCGACUCUCUUAUGGCCCGGCUCAUCCUCGCCGGUGUCGUCAUCAACGGUGCAUUUGCUGCCCUGGCUUGAGCUAGUGGAUAGUAGGACGAUAGCUUUGGGACAUCAGUGCAUCAUCCAAGGGUUAUAAUGGGGCAAGGUCUACGAUACGACUCUUGGGUGUUUCAUGAUUGAUGGUUUUGCACUAUCAGGCUCUUACUUUUGAGAAUUUUCCGACUCUAUGUGUUUGGGUUGGAAGUCAUUGGAGGUCACAUUACAUUGUCUUGCUAAAUAGCUAAGUCAAUUGAACUCCUUACU